ACCCGAUACACCGCAACUUCGUUUUACAAAAUUAUUGUAUUUUUCAUCGUCGAGCAGGUCGGUUGUGUGUGUUGCCUAACGGGUGUGUUUUUACUAAUAUGGUCGAUCGGAAUAGAGAGAAGCAAUAGCGAAAAAUAACUUGAACGGCAACUUUGGCAAGAUUUCUCCAUUUGCUCUUGUUUUGUGCGUUUUUUUGCUUUCGCGUAAAUUGAAAUAAAAGAGAUUUUUCUUUGUAGUAAAAGAAUUUUCCUCUUAUCAAUUUCCAACGAUCAGUAGGCUGCAGAAAACGAACAUAUUUGCAGUAGUGACAAGUAAAAUUUAGUGUACAUGUAAUGUAUAAAAAGUGAUUACGACAGCCAGAGGCAUAAGUGCAAUUUUGAUUUUGAAAUAUUGACAACCUUUUGAAGGGAAGUAAAUUGCAUGUGAGUAAAAUUCGAUUGAUGCAUAGAAGUAAAGCAAAGAAGGAGCUCCAAGGCCAAGUGUGUGUGGGGGAAAAGUAAGAGGUAUAUAAAUACCUUGCAGUGAAAAGAAAAUAAGUGUAUACUAGAGUGUAACUAGUGCAAUAAUAGUCCCGAUAUAAUUAUUUACGAAUUGCAUUGGAAAGAGGAAUAAUCGCAAUAAUCAAUUUCAUGCAAAGCUGUAUCUAUGUGAUGCGAAAGCGGAGCAAAAUAAACAACACGGAGGAAGUAUUGCUAGGAUAAGUGCUUCACGUGCUUUAUGUAGCAGCAACACGGUCGCGAAGUAGUUGAUUGUUUUCGCCUGACAGCGGAGAACCGCUGUCUGCAGUCAACAAUGGCACGCCUAACGGAGGAAAUGGUCAUUGCCAGGUCCAAGCAAUCGGAUUUGGCUGCAAUCAAGAAGUUGAAUUGCUGGGGGAGUGAACUAAGUGACGUGUCCAUCAUUCGACGCAUGCGUGGCGUGGAAGUUCUGGCAUUCAGUGUCAACCGGAUUAGUACCCUCUCAGAUUUCGAAAACUGCCUGAACCUUCAGGAGCUUUACCUCAGGAAAAACAACAUUACCGAUAUUGAUGAGUUGAUAUAUCUGCAGAACCUUCCCAAGCUAAAAUACCUCUGGUUGGAAGAGAAUCCAUUGGUGGAUAGUGCUGGACCAAAUUACCGUCAGAUCGUUCUCCGAGCGUUGCCAAAUCUCAAAAAGUUAGACAAUGUAGAUGUUACUCCCGAGGAAGUCACGGAUGCAAUGCGAGCGCCGGUCGCUCAACAUCAACCGCGACAUGAUGCCUAUGAAGAUUCUCCCCCGCCAUCCACACACCAGCAUCAACACCAACAGCAUCGCAAUCAAAGCCCUGUCGUUGAACAACCGCAAACUACCACCCCGUCAUCAUCCGCGCCUAUGUUGCCACCGCAACAGAUAAGUCCGGAAAAUACGGAAUCGGAAUGCAUCAGCGAUCCGGCUGAUCGUGGUUCUCUACCGUCAUCUCCAUUGCAGAGAUCGCCAGGUUCCGAGGAUAGUCCAGUAUCAGGUUACAGAGAAAGAGUACCGAUAGCUCCAAGCAUUUCGACACAUUCAAUGAAAGAAUACUACCAAUCCGACUAUCAACGACAGAAUCCGCCUGCCCACUAUCGUCACAGCCAACUGGAUCUAACAGAGUGGGACGAGAGUAGUCAGAAUCCGCACCACAUGAACAAUAACAAUGGCCAUUCAUCGAAUAAUGUGAACAAUUACCACCACCAGCCACAUCAUGCUGUCGGUCAUCAGAAUCGUCGAAGUAUCGGUGGAAACAGUGAACGGGAUCUGUAUCAAUAUCGCAAUGGUAAUGGUAAGGGUCCCGAUUCCCGAGAUGAAUGGGAAGAAGUUGAUCGGCGGAGAAAUGAAAACAGAAGGCCAGAUUCUAAAUUUAACGACAGUGCCAGUGUAAUAUCGAAUGCCGUUUUGAAUCACUUUGCUGGAGUUCACAGGAGGCCGGUUAAUAGGAAUUCAAACCUGCUAUCUGCCACUUUAUGUUUGGUCAAGGAAUUGGACUAUCCCAGCCUGGAGGUAGUCGAGCAUGCAGUUCGAUGUCGCAUCGAUGAAUUGGCAGAGUAGAGUGGAACUGGAUGGAGAUUAUUAUUUACACUGUUACGAUAUUAAUGGUACUUUCAGAUAAUUCUUCUUUAAUAUUCGACAAUGCAGCAUGAGCAAAUUUCGUUAAGAAGCUUUAUUUUUAUUGAGAGAUUCUAAUGGUCCGCUUAAUCGUCUAAAUACGUAAUGCUAAAAUCUCAUCUGUUAGAAUUCAUACAUUCGUUGGUUGUUAAUAUCAGUUAAUUGUUAUCUUUUUAAUUGUAUUAUUUUUUGCAAACAUUUUCUUACAGCGAAAACAAGUAACUUAACUGAUUUGUGAUUCACAAGAAUUGAGUAAAGACUAAAACACAUACACCAGCAUGUAUGAAAAUGAUAAUGAAUAACCGGAUAAAUUAAAUCGAGAUGACAACAAUUAGUAGAACAACAACAAUCUGCCAAUUAUGUUAUACAAUAAUCAAAACCCAUGUGUACAUGGGUAGCUAAUUUAAGACAAAUUUAAUGAAAGCACUAGAUUAUACUGAGUUCGUUGCGUUUUCAAUUCUGGCAUCUGCAGCGUUAGAAAAAAUACAUAGUGCUUUCUAGAAAUAGUUUGCAAAAACAGUCCAAUAUCAGUACAAAAAAGCCAGAAGCAGGAAAAAUGGGUCUCAAAAGGCAUGUAGCUAGUUGUAGCAGCACUAAAACUUGGCUCUAGUACUUGAAAAAUAUGAGCGUGUUCUGCAGAGGUAAGACAAACGAGAAAAAUGUAUGCAAGUUUGCUUUCAAGUUAGUUUUAUACGCAGACAAAGUGCUUUAUAGCGACAUCUGUUCCUCGAGUUGUGCAAUUAAAAUCUGUCAUUUGCGAAUUCGUCCAGAGAAGAUUUUUGUUUCAGCAGCAUGAUCCUAUUUAGUAUCCGUUAUCGAGAUGGUUAGAUGGAAGACGUUUUAAACGUUGAAUAAUGCAAUAGGUACGCAGCAUAAAUGCUAAACAAUGUAAUACAAUAAUUUAAUAGAUAAACAACUACUUAC